CCAUGUCUCUACUAUUCAAUCUAUAGUCAUAGAAAUUAUAAUAGUAUUUAUUACAGCUACUCAUUUUCAGCGUUCUAAGAAAUAAUAAUACAGGAUACAUUUUUUCAUACCGAACAAAUUGAAUUGUGUCUAUGUAUUUGCAACUUACUUAAAAGUGCUUUUUUCGUGUAUAUUUGUAGAAACAGUAUCAAAGAAAGUGAAAAAAUUAAUUUUAAAAUGAGUUCCAUUCCAACAGGAGAAGAUGCAUCACUUUAUUCAAGCGGUUCUUUAAAUUCUAUUGGAUCUGUUUCACCUUCCACGACUGAGGAUUUUACAAAUGAAUUACAAGGUCUUUCACCAGAGGAACGGGAAAGGCAGAAAGAAGAGUGGAGUGCAGAACUGGCUAAAGUAGAAGAGGAAAUUCAAACAUUGCGACACGUAUUAUCAAGCAAAGUAAGAGUUUCACAUGAAUUGAAAAGAAAAUUAGGUAUAAGUGUUUGGAGAGAAUUAUCAGAAGAUGUCAAUCAAGGACUCCGUAAUGUUAAAGAAAGUCACGUAUUUCAGAAAACAGAAUCAGUGUUUAAAUCUACUGCAGAAAAAACAACCAGCAUUCUUGGUGGUUUUGGAAGUGGACUUUCCAUGAAAAUUGGUCAAAUGAGAAAUUCUAAUAGUUUCCGUUCUCUUGAAGAAAAAGUCGGAUCAGCUUACGAGAAUGUAAAGACCAAAGUCGUGCCUUCUAGAUCUAAUUCUACACAAGGCUUUGAUGAAGCUUUAAGAGAAGCCGAAGCUUCUAGACGUUCAUCCACAGCAUCGAACAUAACCAAUACAACUGAUAAACCUCUUCCUUAAUUUAUUUUAUGCUUUAAGUUAAUCAUAAAUUGUACUGUAAGAAAAUUUGUCAUUUUAUCCUUAACAAAAAACUUAUAUGACUUUCGUCACAUUUUUGUACAGUAAAUAAUUAUGUAUAAUUCAAGUUCUUAAACUAACAUUUAUUAAAUAUUUUUAGGAAAAAUAUUUAUUGUAUUGAACUUGCGCACUUGCACUUUUUUAAUAACACUACAUUUGUGUGUACGAAAA